AUGGCCCGAAGGAUUUUUGAUAUUUGUAUUCGAUCGGGGAUUCAUUUAGAAGUGCAAUGGAUCCCUCGCACUUCGAAUCAGCAAGCUGAUUAUAUAAGUCGUUUGAUACUGAUGAUUGGCAAAUUACUGAAGAAUUUUUUCUUUUUCUUGAUGCCCGGUAGGGCCCGCAUAGUGUUGAUUGUUUUGCCAAUUAUUAUAAUCACAAGCUCUCCAAAUAUUUUUCGAGGUUUUGGAACCCUAAUACUUCGGGUGUUGAUUUUUUCUUUCAGUCUCUUCGAGGAGAAAAUUGCCUAGUAGUCCCUCCAGUUGGUAUCGUCCCACGCGUAUUGCAUUAUUUGAAAUCUCAGCGGGCCGUUGGUACACUCGUUGUACCUCUUUGGCCUUCGGCUCAUUUUUGGCCUUUGAUUACACACAAGUAUAGUAGUUAUCUUGUGGCUCACAGUAUUCAUAUCGGGAAUGAGGUUCUAACCCGCGGAAGAAACUUUAAUUCGCUCUUAGGGUCUGAUCUUUUCACAGGAAAUAUUAUUGUUGAUUUAUGUGGCGCAGGCCCAAUCAAUGGUUUUUGAUUUACGGGGCACUGGUCCAUUCAAUAGUCUAUCGUCUUAUAUGGCACUGGCCUCAACAAUGAUCGAUUUUUGUACGGCUUUUUUUUAUUCUUUUUUAUAUAUGUUUUGUUCUUGUCUUUCCAGGUAAUCUUAUCAAGUAAUUCCUGGAAAGGCUUUCAACAAUUUUCUUCAAUCAACGUUUAUGAGGUUUUAGAAGUUAUGUUGAAGUCCAGGGCGGAUACAACUACUAAAGCCUACGUUCGCGUUAUUAGAAAGUUCUCGGAGUGGUCUAAAAGUAGACAUUUCAACAUGCAGUUACCUUUUCCCCUUAGUGUUGUUUCUCUAUAUUUAUUUAAAGUUCAGCAGUCUUGCACCUCUAGUUCCUCAGUAAUUUUAGCCCAUGCUGCCCUUAAAUGGUUACAUUCUUUUGUCCCUAGUUUGGAUCGUAAUCCUUUGGAUAGUGAAUUUUGCAGGAAUAUCAUCGAAUCUGCUAAACGCCAGAAAUCUCAGCCAGUUGUGAAAAAGAAACCUAUUACCACAGACAUCAUAAGGAGUAUUUUAGAUAUUCAUAACAAGACAGAUGCUAAUUUAAAGAAUCUUCGUAUCGCUGCGUUAUGCUCUUUAGCUUUUGCAGGAUUUUUUCGUUACGACGAAUUAUGCAAUAUCGUUCCUAGGCAUAUUGAAUUUCACAGCGAUUAA